AUGGAUGGAGAAAAGCGGAAAAGAAGUAUCUGCUCACGGCAAGAGCCAGCAGCUGCACUGAAGAUCUUGAAAGAUGGGAACAACAAGCGUGACGAAAUCCCUGAUAGAGUGACUCUGAAAAAAGAAAUAGGACUUUUAAGCGCCUGUACAAUAAUCAUAGGGAACAUAAUUGGUUCUGGAAUCUUCAUCUCUCCUAAGGGGGUUCUAGAGCACUCGGGUUCAGUGGGUCUAGCACUGAUUGUGUGGGUACUAGGGGGCUGCAUAGCUGCCCUGGGUUCCCUCUGCUAUGCUGAGCUGGGGGUCACCAUCCCCAAGUCAGGGGGGGACUACUCCUACGUCACAGAAAUAUUCGGAGGCCUUGUUGGGUUUCUCCUCCUGUGGAGUGCGGUGCUCAUCAUGUACCCCACUACCCUGGCUGUCAUCGCCCUCACAUUCUCUAACUAUGUCCUUCAGCCUGUAUUCCCCGACUGUGUCCCUCCCUACAUGGCUACACGCCUGCUGUCAACAGUCUGUCUCUUGUUCCUGACCUGGGUGAACUGCUCUAGUGUGCGUCUGGCCACCAGGAUCCAGGAUGUUUUCACGGUGGGGAAGCUGGCAGCCCUGGGUCUCAUCAUAGUGGUCGGCCUGGUGCAGAUCUGCAAGGGUAACUACGAGGGACUGACGCCUCAGGUGGCUUUUGAGUUCAGCAGGACGCCCUCAGUUGGGCAGAUCGCUCUGGCUUUCCUCCAGGCCUCUUUCGCCUUCAGUGGAUGGAACUUCCUGAACUAUGUCACAGAGGAAGUGGUUGAACCGCGACGGAACCUACCUCGUGCCAUUUACAUCUCAAUCCCAUUGGUGACCUUUGUGUACACGCUCACCAACAUCGCCUACUUCUCCGCCAUGUCACCCGAGGAGCUGCUCUCAUCCAACGCUGUGGCCGUCACAUUUGGAGAGAAGCUCCUGGGGAUGUUCUCUGUCAUUAUGCCCAUCUCUGUGGCUCUGUCGACAUUCGGAGGCAUCAACGGCUAUCUCUUCACCUCCUCAAGAUUGUGUUUCUCUGGGGCCAGAGAGGGACAUCUACCCAGCUUGCUGGCCAUGAUCCACUUUAAGAACUGCACCCCCAUCCCAGCUCUCCUCUGCUGUUGUACUGCCACCAUUGUAAUCCUGUGUAUAGGAGAGACACACAACCUGAUCAACUAUGUGUCCUUCAUCAACUACCUCUCCUAUGGAGUCACCAUCGCAGGCCUGCUCUACUACCGAUGGAAGAAGCCCAAACUUUACAGACCAAUUAAGGUCAACCUCCUUGUCCCUGUCACCUACCUGAUGUUCUGGGCCCUGUUGCUGGGCUUCAGUCUGUACUCUGAGCCAGUGGUGUGUGGUGUUGGGCUGGUCAUCAUGCUCACUGGUGUACCAGUUUACUUCCUGGGGGUGCACUGGAAAUCCAAGCCAAAGUGUAUCUAUGACUUCAUCGAGUCAGCGACCUACGUGGCACAGAGGCUGUGUUUCGUGGUCUUCCCCCAGUUCGACCCCAUCGAGAUCAGUCCGAUCGAAGAAUGGCCUGACAAAUCUUCCAACAUUCUCUCUGGGAAGUCUUAA